CGGGUCGCAGGCGGAUUCGCGGUUCGGACGGACACGCGGCUGUCUGUGCCCUCUUGGUUUUCCUGCUCCCGGCCUCCGGUCUCCAACUCCACCAUGGCUCCUAAAGGUGGCUCCAAGCAGCAGUCCGAGGAGGACCUGCUUCUUCAGGAUUUCAGCCGCAACCUGUCGGCCAAGUCGUCGGCGCUGUUCUUCGGGAACGCGUUCAUCGUGUCUGCCAUCCCCAUCUGGUUGUAUUGGCGAAUAUGGCAUAUGGAUCUUAUCCAGUCUGCUGUUCUCUACAGUGUGAUGACAUUAGUAAGCACUUACUUGGUAGCCUUUGCAUACAAGAAUGUAAAAUUUGUUCUCAAGCACAAAGUAGCACAAAAGAGGGAGGAUGCUGUUUCCAAAGAAGUGACUCGAAAACUUUCUGAAGCUGAUAACAGAAAGAUGUCUCGGAAGGAGAAAGAUGAGAGAAUCCUGUGGAAGAAGAAUGAAGUUGCUGAUUAUGAAGCCACAACGUUUUCCAUUUUCUAUAACAACACUCUGUUCCUGGUUUUGGUCAUUGUUGCUUCUUUCUUUAUACUGAAGAACUUCAACCCCACAGUGAACUACAUUUUGUCCAUAAGUGCUUCAUCUGGACUCAUCGCUCUCCUCUCUACUGGCUCCAAGUAGACCAUGGAGCUUGGCCCCCUGCCUUUGUAUCUAUGGGUGGCCAGUGGUGUAUGGAAAAGUAACAGGGUGGCCAGGUUGGGAGACACACAUGAUGUUUUUUAUAGUCUGGAGUUUGAGGGUUUAAAAAUGCAAUAGAAUAUAAUACAGUGUUUGUUUAUUGGCUCUUUUUGACAGAUUGUUGAAAUUAAAUGAGUUGAAAGGGAAACUUGGAGUACCGGGAUAUUAAAAGGCAAGAAGUCUUGCAAUGUGCUCUAAUCAUAAGAGGAGAAAAUAACUUGUUUCCUACAUCUGUCAGAGGUCAUGGUAACCUGGACUGAGCUGUUAUUAUUUAUAAUAGGAGGAAGAAGUUAAUAACUAGUUCUCUGUGUUCCAAGCACAAUAUUACAACUUUCGACUGUAAAUCUCAGAGUGAAUCCUCUUCCCAAGGGAUUAAACAGAAGUCUCUUGAGUUUGUAAUUUAUAAUAACUCAAAAACAUGCCCUCUCCAACUUGAGGGAGAGAAACUUGCAACUAUUUCUUCUUUCUUUCUUCCUUCCUUCCUUUCUUUCUUUCUUUCUAAAAAGAAAGGCAGCCAAGUUAGUAAUCUAAAAAUAGUACCCUGCCUAUGAGUGUUGGCCUGUGAAGCUAAAGCACACACUGUUCAGCUGUAUGGCUCUGGCCCUUGGCGGCCAGGGAGGUCAGCUUGACCCUGCCAUGUUGGUUUGAUGUGUGAAGUCACUGGAAUCAUUGUUUUCUGUGACCAGGCUCUCGGCACCACAGGCAGAAUAUUAAGUGAGAAAGCAUUUCUUUCCUGAUUAUUGACACAUGAGAGACCAGAAGAAUUUUUUGUGAACUUAGCCCUGGAAUUCAGUGAACUCUCCAAGGAAUUUACAGUGCUUUAAAAGGGCUGUCAGCAAUUUUUUUUUUUUUUUUUUUUUUUUUUUUUGAAAUGAGGGUUCCUGUCAAUUGCGAACAAAUGCUUUUGGGGCCUAGCUAAGAGCAGUCUCACAUUGUGCCCUCUGUCUCCCAAUACAGAUUCCAUGUGUUUCAUGACUUCCACAUUUGGAAGUCCCACACCCAGGGACUUCUAUAAAUGGCACCUCAAAGGGAAGUAUUCCUAACGUUUAGUUUCUGCUUGUAAACUUUUGAGGGCUUUGAAGAUGUGCUCACCAAGAAUUGAGCUACUUCUGUGCGGGUGGAUGUUUCAGUGGUCUGCAGUAAGAACUUAGGGAAGGUCAGAGGAAUGCCUUUGUACAGUCACCUUACUUCUUACUGUCAGCCUUGAAUCAUAUUACCAUGCUUCUGGAAGUGCUGUGGUAUAGUUAUCUGAGUGCCCUUACCACGAGAUGUGGAAUAGUGGAAUAGUAGGAAAUGAGAAGAGACUCAGAGCAAAGUAUAUUAGGUAACACAUGAGGUAGGGUGUUUGGUUCUCCUGUUUUAAUCAGCAUUUGGUUGGUGACAGUUUGUGUACCUAAUAAAACAAUUUAAUACACCAUCUUUGUUACUAGAGCUGGGUCGAGCACCUUCUAAGUGGCUGCUGCAAACUUGCCACUAGGUGGCAGUGCCUAUGUAGAAGGGAAGGAAGUCACCACCAUUAUUUGACAAUAUUGCCAGCAGCUCAGGAAUGGUGAAGUAGAGGUGCCAGCCUCAAAUUUUUAAUUCUUUUGAAUUUUUAACCAAAAAUUUGCUGGGGGAGUAAUUGUGCUGUUUAUUUCUGUCUUGAAUGUUUCCUACAGCCAUCUUUGUUUUUAACUCAAAAUGACCUCGCUACCAGACAGAUUUCUGUGUAUGAAGUCAUAUGGCCAGACCAUCAGCUCCUUUUAAGGAUUAAAUGUAUCAAUCCUUUACACUUAGAAAUUCGGACCCUGUUCCCUAAUCUCUAUCAUUGAAUGUGGCAAAUAGAGUUAAGAUGUGCAUGACAGUAAAAUCCUAUGGCAGAGUUUUUAAUCUUAAAAGGACCUCAUAUAUGUAGCACCCGUAAAACAGGACACUCUGUGCUUAUUUUUAUUUUUAUUUUUAUUUUUACUCCAUAUCUAUGAUAGGUAGAAUCUUAGUGUUAAGCAUUUUCAUUUCUUGAUUUACUCAUUUGUAACUUAAUAGAAGUCUUGUCCUUUUUGGUAUAUUGUUUUAACUUGGGAAGGAUAAUUUGAAACAGGAUUGGAAGUUAAUUGAAAUAAUGGAAGUUGAAUUUAUACUCAACAUUCUUAGGAAAAGUCUUGUUUUUGACAAGUAUGAUUAAACUUUGUUUUUAAAAAUG